CUAUCGGACGCCUGCAUUAUAAAAUUAUCAGCUUCUCCAUCAACUUCCCAUCGAUUAUAUCAAAACCCUGGUGAAAUUUAUUUGCUACUAUCAAAUGGCGGCAAUGUCAGGGAACACUUUACAAAAUAUUUUUGUAGCACAGUGCUACCAAAAGAAUAGGCAGUUCGCGACCCAAUACCAAAGGGAUAUUUGUGCCCCUUGUAUGUGCACUUUGCUUCCCUUUCAUGGAGGGAAGUUGGCAUGGACUGGCAUCUCUUCCAUGCAAAUGCGCACCUUGUCAAAAUACCAGAGUGAUUUUAUUAACCGAGGAACUGUUUACUGCAACGCUGCUCCAUCUACUGUCGCAGUGCCACCUCUUGACAAAGUUGAUUUUCUUAAACUUCAAAAUGGCAGUGAUAUUCGAGGUGUGGCUGUUGCUGGCGUUGAGGGAGAACCAGUUAGCCUCACGGAACCAGUUACUGAAGCAAUAGCUGCAGCCUUUGCACAAUGGUUGAUGGAAAAGAAAAAGGCUGAUGGAUCUCGACAAUUGAAAGUGUCCAUUGGUCAUGAUUCUCGUAUAUCUGCACAAGCAUUGCAGGACGCGGUUUCUAGAGGCAUUGCUAGUGCUGGCUUGGAUGUUGUUCAGUAUGGUAUUGCAUCCACUCCAGCAAUGUUUAAUAGCACAUUAACUGAAGAUGAUGCAUUCCUAUGUCCAGUUGAUGGGGCUAUUAUGAUAACAGCUAGUCAUCUUCCUUAUAACAGGAAUGGCUUCAAGUUCUUCACUAGCUCUGGAGGGCUCGGAAAAGCUGACAUUAAGAAUAUCUUGGAGCGCGCUGCAGAUAUAUACAAAAAUUUCUCAGUUGAUAGUUUAAAGAAUUCAGGAAGAAAUGAUUCAUUUUCAGUUAAAAAAGUCGAUUACAUGACUGUCUAUACUUCUGGCCUUGUGAACGCAGUACGGAAAUCUGCAGGAAAUAUAGAGAAACCACUGGAAGGAUUCCAUAUCAUUGUUGAUGCAGGAAAUGGAGCUGGAGGAUUUUUUGCAGCUAAGGUGCUUGAGCCUCUCGGAGCUAUUACUUCUGGUAGUCAGUUCUUAGAGCCAGAUGGUCUUUUUCCGAACCAUAUUCCAAAUCCAGAGGAUAAAGCAGCAAUGAAAGCUAUCACCCAAGCUGUCCUUAAUAACAAGGCUGACUUAGGCAUCAUCUUUGACACAGAUGUUGAUAGGUCUGCUGCUGUGGAUUCCACUGGUCGUGAGUUUAACCGGAAUCGUUUGAUUGCAUUAAUGUCAGCAAUUGUUCUCGAGGAACAUCCAGGUACAACUAUCGUUACAGAUAGUGUGACUUCAGAUGGUUUAACUACAUUUAUAGAACAGAAACUUGGGGGAAAGCACCAUCGUUUCAAAAGAGGCUAUAAGAAUGUUAUUGAUGAAGCUAUUCGUUUGAAUUCUACUGGAGAGGAAUCACAUCUUGCUAUUGAAACCAGCGGUCAUGGAGCUCUAAAGGAGAAUCACUGGCUCGAUGAUGGAGCAUACCUGAUGGUCAAACUCCUAAACAAACUUGCUUCAGCAAGGGCUGCUGGAAUAGGUGGUGGCAGCAAAGUUUUAACUGAUCUGGUGGAGGGUUUGCAGGAACCACCUGUUGCUCUGGAGCUGAGAUUAAAAAUCAAUCAAAACCAUCCUGAUCUUAAAGGAGGAUCUUUCCGGGACUACGGAGAGGCAGUUCUGCAACACUUGGAGAACUAUGUAAAAUUGGAUCGAACACUUAAAAAAGCCCCUGUUAAUUAUGAAGGGGUUCGAGUUUCUGGCUUUGGCGGGUGGUUCCUUCUUAGACUUUCUCUUCAUGAUCCUGUUCUUCCCCUGAACAUUGAGGCACCAAGUAACGAAGAUGCUGUUAGACUAGCACUGUCUGUGGCUGCUGCUAUUAAAGAAUUCCAAGCAUUGGACACAUCUGCCUUGGACCAAUUCCUCCAAACUGCUUAGUUGCACAUGAGAUUGCCAAAAAGUAUC